AGAAGGAAAAGUGAAUUCUCCCGAAGCCUUUAUAAAUGAUGAAAGACCCUUUCAGUCCGAGGUUCUUCUCCUCCGAUCCACAAAUUGCUCUUCUCUCUUUGCCCUGGAAUUCGAUCGGAACAGCAAUUUUCAGGAAUAACAAACGACAAAGCAACUGAUAUCCAACCAAAUUUCAACCAGCCGCUGAUUCAUAUCUAGCACGAUACGAAGCGAAGGCGUCCCCCGAUUCCUUGUUUUAUCAUCACUUCACUCUUGUCCAAAGAAAGAAAAAAAACAGAGCAUAGAGGGGGGAAAACAAAAACAGAGCAUCCGGAAAAGAGAAAAAAACGGCCCUCCAAUCAUGGAACAUCCUGCGGCCGGAAUUCCCCUCUGUCUCCUUCUACUACUCAUGACCUCAACUUCGUCGUGUUUCUUCUCAGAAGCGUCGGCCCGAAUUAAUCACGGUGGCGGCCGGCAGGUUUUAGCUCCGGCCGCCGGCCAGAACUCGUUCCCGCCGGUGAAGCUGCAGAUUAUGGAUCAAUAUGUGGUGGUCGGAAACGGAAUAGUUGAGGUGAACUUGACGAACCCCGGCGGUUCGAUGACGGGAAUUCAGUACAACGGCAUUGACAAUCUGCUUGAAGUUGUUAAGAGUGAAACUGACCGUGGGUACUGGGAUGUGGUGUGGAAAGGGGAUGGAAUCAUCAAGAAGAAAGGUGCACUUGACAGGCUGGAGUGUAAAAACUUGACAGUAAUAACAGAGGAAGAGGAGCAGGUGGAGCUUUCAUUCACGAGAAAGUGGAGCUCUGAGCUUCAAGGCAAGCCCGUCCCACUCGAUAUCGACAAAAGGUUUGUAAUGAGACGUGGGUCGUCAGGAUUCUACACAUACGCCAUUUAUGAACACUCUCAGCAGCACCCGGCCUUUCAGCUCGCCAACACUCGCCUCGUCCUCAAGCCCAGAAAAGACAAAUUCCAUUACAUGGCAAUAAGUGACAAGAAGCAACGACCAAUGCCGUUGCCCGAAGAUCGGGUGCCUCCAAGAGGCCAGCCGCUAGCCUAUCCGGAGGCCGUCUUGCUCGUUGACCCAAUCGAGCCCCAAUUCAAAGGAGAGGUGGAUGACAAGUACGAGUAUUCGAUGGAGAGCAGAGACAUCAAAGUUCACGGGUGGAUGGGCAAAGACCCAUCUUCGUCAGUCGGAUUCUGGCAGAUCACGCCCAGUUCCGAGUUCAGGUCCGCCGGCCCACUCAAGCAAUUCCUCUCCUCCCACGACGGGCCCACCUGCCUCGCGGUGUUCCACAGCACGCAUUACACGGGAGCCGAUCUGAUGGUCCCGUUCGAAGCGGGCGAGGCGUGGAAGAAAGUGUACGGCCCGGUUUUCGUCUACUUUAACUCACUUGAGAGCGAGGCUAGCAGCAGCAGCGGCACCGGGAUGUCGCUGUGGGACGAUGCCAAGAAUCAGCUGAUGGUUCAGGCCAAACAAUGGCCGUAUCGGUUCUUGGGUUCUCGAGAUUAUCCGCUACCCGACCAGCGGGGUGGCAUAACCGGCAGAUUGUCGGUCCAUGACCCGGAAAUCAGCACUCGAAACCUGCCUCCAACCGGUGGUUGGGUUGGUCUGGCCGCUCCGGGCGACCCCGGCUCGUGGCAACUCGAAUCCAAGGGAUACCAGUUUUGGACAGAAGUAGAGGAAGACGGCUCAUUCAGCAUCAGCAAUGUUAUAGCUGGUCAGUAUAAUCUCUACGGUUGGGUUCCUGGCUUCAUUGGAGACUACAAGUAUGAUGCUGUCAUUAACAUAACCCCAGGUCGUAGCAUUGAGGUCGGAGAUCUUGUGUUCGAGCCACCAAGAAACGCAUCAACUCUGUGGGAAAUCGGAGUACCUGACAGAACCGCGGGGGAGUUCUUCAUUCCUGACGCUAAUCCCAAUUACAUUAACAAGCUUUACAUUCAUCAGGAAAAGUAUAGGCAGUAUGGAUUGUGGGAAAGAUACGCAGAGCUGUACCCUGAAGCAGACUUGGUCUACAAUGUCCGAACCGACGAUUACAGAAAAGAUUGGUUCUUCGCACAAGUCACCAGGUUUGGAAUUCUAGCCAGGGGCUUCAAAGUAAAUUAUGCCGUUUUCGCGGGUUUCUGAAAAUUUCAGUCUGAACCAAUAUUUUCCAGGAAGAAGGGUGACAAUGGGACGUAUGAAGGAACAACCUGGCAGGUCAAGUAUAGCCUCGACAGGACGUAUCAGAAUGUGAACUACACGUUGAGGAUUGCUCUGGCGACUGCAAAUGGAGCAGAGUUGCAGGUUCGGGUCAACGAUCCAAGCUCGGCGGUGCCACUGUUCACGACCGGGUCGAUUGGGAAGGAUAACACGAUCGCGAGGCACGGAAUCCAUGGGGUUUACAGGCUGUUUAGCGUGGUUGUUCCUGGCAGCCUGCUUGUUGAUGGGAGCAACACUGUUUUCCUGACGCAGGCGAUCAAUACAGGGCCAUUUUACGGGCUGAUGUAUGACUACAUUCGACUGGAAGGGCCUCUGUCGCCCAACCCUCCAAGGAACUGAUCAUUUGUUCAUUGAUUGAUUCGUUUAUGAUAGAAAGGGAAAGUGAAUUUUACAGAAUUUGGUAGAAAUUUGUGGUAGGCAGGAGCUAGUUAACUGAUUCACUAUAGUUGAUAGAGCAAGGGCAGGUUUAUUCUUAUUUUUACCCUCUUUUCUUUCUGUUACACAGUGUAGUUCGAUUAAUUGAACAACAUAAUAAAGAAAUUCAAACUCUUCCUUUUGACCAA